AUGGAGGAGGCUUUCACCAUUUCCAUAACUACCGCGGGGGCGGCCGGGACAGGGGCCGGGGCCGGCGCUUCCUCUUCCUCCUCCGCCUCUUCGUCUGCCAGCGUAAUUACCGUGGUAAACAUGGACCCGCGCAUAUGGCGUCACCUGCCGCAGGGGAUGGUGGACCGCGUGCUGGCCUUCCUGCCCCCCGACGCCUUCUUUCGCGCCCGCGCCGUCUGCAAGCGCUGGUACUCCCUCGUCUUCUCCGAUAGCUUUCUUGAGCUCCACCUUCGCCUCGCUCCCGCCCUCCCCUGCUUCGUCUUCUUCCUCCUCCCCUCCACGACCGCCUCCUCGUCCGCACCUUCCGAUGCAUCCUCCGCGGCUAUCGCCGCCGCCUCCUCAUCGUCAUCGAGGCCGCCACCUCCCCCGGCACUCCUCCUCGACCCCGUUGCCGAUUCCUGGCACCGCAUCCCCCUCGACGCCGUCAUUCCUCCCGGCUUCUCCCCCGCCGCCUCCUCCCACGGAGUGCUCUGUUUCAUCUCCGACGACGCUGGCUCCAAGACCCUCGUCCUCUGCAACCUCUUGUCCAAACUCGCAGCCCAUCUCCCCCCUUCCCCUACCCCGCGCCUCUUCCCCACCGUCGGCCUCGCCGUCGGGCCUUCAUCCAUUUGCACCGUUCUUGCCGGCGACGACAUGAUCUCCCCUUUCGCAGUCAAGAAUCUCACCGCCGAGUGCUUCCACGCUGACGGCGUCACGGGCUUCUACUCCCCCUGGGCCACCGGCAGCGCGCUGCCCCGCCUCUGCAGUUUCGAGCCCGGGCGCAUGGCCUACGCCGCCUCGGCGGGCCGCUUCUACGGCAUGAGCUGCGGCCCCUUCGGUGUGCUCUCCUACGACGUCGCCUCCAACGCAUGGGAGAAGAUCCAACCGCCGAUGCGGCGCUUCCUCCGCUCUCCCAGCAUCGCUGAGUGCGGCGGCGGGCGGGUGGUGCUGGUCGCGGCGGUCGAGAAGAGCAAGCUGAGCGUGCCGCGGAGCGUGCGGGUGUGGUCGCUCCAGCCGUGCGGCCGCGCGUGGUCGGAGCUCGACCGCAUGCCCCACGACGUCCACUCCCGUUUCUGCGACGCCGAGGCUGGCCGCGGCUUCGAGUGCGUCGGCCACGGCGACUUCCUCGUCAUCACCAUGCGCGCCUCCCACGACGUGCUCCUCUUCCACGUCCGCCGCAAGGAGUGGCGCUGGGCCCCGCCCUGCCCCUUCCUCCGCGGACCCGGCGGAGUGAUCGGCACGCUUCGCGGAUUCGCCUACGUGCCGCGCCUGGCUACUCCCUGCAUGGCGCUGCUCGAUUCAUCCUCCUUCAUGCCUCCCGUAGGCUUCGACGGUUAG